AUGCACCCUGCUGCACGCUCUGCCUCCUCAGAAACUCCUCAAGCUGAAGCGCCUCCCAUGCAGCAGCAUGCCUUCAGUCAGUACUACCACUACUAUAACCACCCUAAAAUCCCUCUUACAGGCCAACCUGAAGUCCCCGAUCCUGGACCUGAGGUGCCAAAACAACCAUCUGAUCAUAAUUUAUCCCCGAGCGUUGAGCCGUCUGAGGCUCCCUCUUCUCCUUCACCUCCUCCAGGAAGUCCUGAAUUCACUCAUAAAACCCCCGAACAUGAAACCGCUCAUCCUCCUCUUCCUCCACCACCGUAUCCGGACCACUACUUCUAUUACUUUCCACAAACUGACCGAGACCACCGACUUGGAUACUCAGACCGACGACUUGGAUCCUCAGACCAUCGACUUACAUCUCAGACCGAUGACUUGGAUCCUCAGACCACCGACUUGGAUACUCAGACCGACGACUUGGAUCCUCAGACCACCGACUUGGAUCCUCAGACCACCGACUUGGAUACUCAGACCGACGACUUGGAUCCUCAGACCACCGACUUGGAUACUCAGACCGACGACUUGGAUCCUCAGACCAUCGACUUACAUCUUCAGACCGAUGACUUGGAUCCUCAGACCACCGACUUGGAUCCUCAGACCGACGACUUGGAUCCUCAGACCACCGACUUGGAUCCUCAGACCACCGACUUGGAUACUCAGACCACCGACUUGGAUCCUCAGACCACCGACUUGGAUACUCAGACCGACGACUUGGAUACUCAGACCGACGACUUGGAUACUCAGACCACCGACUUGGAUACUCAGACCGACGACUUGGAUCCUCAGACCGACGACUUGGAUCCUCAGACCGACGACUUGGAUCCUCAGACCGACGACUUGGAUACUCAGACCGACGACUUGGAUACUCAGACCGACGACUUGGAUCCUCAGACCACCGACUUGGAUACUCAGACCACCGACUUGGAUACUCAGACCGACGACUUGGAUCCUCAGACCGACGACUUGGAUACUCAGACCGACGACUUGGAUACUCAGACCACCGACUUGGAUACUCAGACCACCGACUUGGAUACUCAGACCGACGACUUGGAUCCUCAGACCGACAACUUGGAUACUCAGACCGACAACUUGGAUCCUCAGACCGACAACUUGGAUACUCAGACCGACAACUUGGAUCCUCAGACCAUCGACUUGGAUACUCAGACCGACAACUUGGAUACUCAGACCGACAACUUGGAUACUCAGACCGACAACUUGGAUCCUCAGACCGACGACUUGGAUCCUCAGACCGACGACUUGGAUCCUCAGACCGACGACUUGGAUCCUCAGACCGACGACUUGGAUACUCAGACCGACGACUUGGAUACUCAGACCGACGAGUCGCACUCAGAUGAAAUUAUUAACUUUGGAAAUAAACGUGCAGAACGGAGUAAAACUCCAGUUUUACCUGCAGAAGAAUAUGAUGUUAAAGAAGUAGAGGUAGCCCCCGACCCCCACAGUUACCCCGCUACAUCGUCAUCAUCCAGCCACCACCCCCCCUUUUAUCCAUUCUACCUCCACUCUGAUUACUUUAACCACUCGUAUUCUGUAGCCGAGAGUUCGCUCAGCGAUCACGAUCGAGAAUCGGCAGCUUCAUCCGAACAAGAUUUAGCCCCCCUGCUUCAAGCUACCUCCUCUCCACCACACCAUCUACCCUAUCAGACCCCUCCCUCACCCACAGAACCAACGCAUGAUGUUCAAAAGGUCCACCCACAUCCUUACUACUCCAACCACCACCUCUACGAUCAGCCAGGAGUGUCUGCAGACGACCAGGAGCAUCACCCUGCAGGAUCUCUGCCUCCGUCGCACUCUGACUACAGCGGGAUGGAUCGCUUGUUUCCUCGUGCACAGGCAGGAUCUCCCAGCAUGCAUCAGCAGUUGCGCACCCUUUAUUCCCAUUAUAUCAAUCAGCAGCAUCCUGAUGAAGAUGAGGGUCAAGAUGGUGAAAACAAAGACCCUCUCAAAGUCGACUCGUACGCUCCCUCCACCUCACCCUGUGGUCACAUGUCAUAUAUCGACUGUUUGUACUCAAAGCUCCUCAAAACAUACUGCUCAUGGAGACCCCAUGUCAUCUUCAUGGUGCCUGACUUUGCGAUGGAGCACACGGCGGUGUCUCCUGGUGACCCCUCAGAGGUGGUUGAUCAGACAGGUGAACAUCUGUUUGAAGCUCAUGAUGCCUGAUGAGAACUCUCCGAUCAGGUCUCACUCCUCCUGACGAGGCGGGGAAGAAAAACUCUUCAGCUGCUCUCGUGUUUGUUUUGAUUGAAAUAAAGAACGGAGUGAAAA